AUGGCCGGCUCCCCAGGGCGCGCCCCCCAGGGCCGCGGGCGUCCGGGCGACGGCGCGAGCGCGUCCGCGGCGUCGCGGUCGAGCGCGGACGGCGGCGCGGUCGUCGCGUCGGCGUCGCCGCCGCCGCCCGGGGGCGCGCUCGACGCGGUGCACGCGCUGCGGUCGAUGGCUUCGGAAUGCGCGCUCGACGGCGUCUCCGGCGCGCUCGCGGCCGCGGCCGCGCGGCUGCGCGUGACGCUCACGCGCGAGGACGGCGUGGACGGGCACGAGGUCUUGGACUGCAUGGUCACCGCGCUGGACGAGAUGCGCCGCGUCGCGGAGUCGGCGUCGACGUCGUCCCCGCUCGCCGGCGCGCCCGAACGCGCGGCGCUGCGAGACCACGCGCGCGCGCUGGACGCGAGCGAGCGCGAGCGCGACAAGUACAGGGCGAUGCUUCUCGACGCCGAGCGAGACGCGGAGUCCCUUCUCGCGAUGAACGCGGCGCUCAAGUCCGAGCUCGAGAUGCAGGCGGCGAUGCACGCCACGGACGUCGCGUACGAGCACAAGGGCGGCGACCUCAUGGCCCGCGAGCUCGAGGCGACGCGCGCGCAGCUCGCCGUCGUCAGCGAGGGGUUCCAGCUGUUGAAGAACGAGCGGCACGAGGCGACGACGGUGCUGAGAGCGCAGGCGACCGUGCGCGCGGCCCUGGACGAGGAGCGCGCCGCCGUCGCGAGGAUGCGGCGGUCGCUGAGCGAGAAGCGAGGAUCCGCCAGAGGAUCCGGAGACGCCGGAGACGCCGGCGCCGGCGGCGCGUCGUCCUCCUCCUCCUCCGACGACGUCGCGGCGCUGCGCGCGGCGCUCUCCGCGUCCGACGAGCGCGUCGAGGCGCUGCGUCUAGAUUUACAGAACGCGCGCGAGUCCGAGGCGAGCGCGAUCGAGAAGCUCAACGCGGCGAGGGACUUCGCGGCUGUCGGCGACGACGCGCUCGCGGCCGCGUACAACGCGGAACUCGAGGCGGCGACGUCGCGAGCGAUCGCCGCGGAAGAGGGGCUGGAGCAGACGCGCGCGAGGGCGGCCGCGCUCGAAGAGGAGGUCGCGGACGCGCGGCGGGAGAAGGAAGCCGCGCUUCGACGCGCGGUCGAGACCGCGGAGGAGAUGCGAGAGGUGAGGGACGCGGCGGCGGCGGCGGAGCGGGGAUGGAAAAAACCGACGACGAACGCCGCGAAGGCGUCGCCGUACAAAGUGCCCACGAAGUCGCCCGCGAAGAAGCGCGACGUCGACGACGCGAAACCCGACGACGUCGGCGACUUGCGAGUCGAGCUCGAGCUCCUGCACGAGUGGAAGCACGCCGCGGAAGGGGAGAUGUCAGCGUUGCGCGCGCAGUUGAGGAACGCGCGCGACGCGAACGCGCGGCUCGAACGCACGGUGAUGCACGCGGAGCGCGACGCGGUACACGCGGAGAACGCCGCGCUGGCGCUUCGGCGGCGGCGCUCGGAGUUCGCGCCGUCGAUCUCGCCGAUGGAGAGCGAUUCGACGCACCUCCCGAGCAUCGGCGAGGAGGGGGAGUACCUCGAAGACGCGACGACCGCGGAGGCGGAGGACGAAGACCCGGGGGCGUUGCCUUGGACGGACGAUACCGGCGCCGCCGCGAUCGACUCCACGUCCGCGGGGAUGAUGCGCGAGAUGUGGGCGGAGCUGCAGCACAUCCGCGGGUGCUACAAGUCGCUGCAUAACAAGUACGCGCGGCAGUCGCAGCGGUUCGUGAGGUUAGAGGAACGCCUUCGCGUCGUCGGCGGCGGCGGCGGGGGGGGACACGACGACGGCGACGACGACGGCAACGCGCUCGCGGGCCCGACGGACAGCGCGCGGUCGUCCGUGAUCAUGGGCGAGCUCUCCGACGGCGAGAUGGACGUCGGCGAGAUGGAUGACGGCGACGCGCGGUGGAUCCCCGGGACGCCGAGCGCGAGGGCGGUCGCCGCCGCCGCCGCCGCGGUCGCCGCGGGGAUUCAUCACCGCCCCGCGUCGGGGGAACAUCACGACGUCACGGAAGUCGACGAGGGGAUGGACGGCGAGGAUGAAGUUCUCGCGGAGUACGUCUCCACGACGCCGCCGCGCGCGCCGCGAGGGCACCGCGCGACGCAAGAGGCGCUGACGAUCGCGAGGCAGACGUCGUCUCAUCGACCGGACUCGGCGCCGCCGAGCGAACGACGGUUCACGAACUCGAUGCGACGACGCGGCGAGCGCGCGGCGCCCGCGAAGGCGGUCGUCCGCGCCGCGAGCAGCUCGAUGCACCGCCCGGGGAGCGCGCCGAGCAGCCAAGACCGCAUGACGAACAGCAGUCUGCGACGAGGGGAGCCGCCCGCGAGCGCGGCGGCGAGGGCCGCGGCGGCGGCGGCGGGCGCCGCGCGUCCGGGAUCCGCGACGCCGUCGAACCUCCGCGUCUCUCACGCAGCCUCGAGCACCGCGCCGCGGCCUCCCCCGAGCGCGCUCUCCGCCGCGGCCGCCGCGAGCGCGAGCCGCCCGCAGACGGGGCCGUCGUCGCAGCAGCGAAGGACGCGGCGGCCUCAGACGGCGGCGCCUUCGACGUCCGCCGCCGCCGCCGCCGCCGCCGCCGCCGCCGCGGGCGCGCGGCCGCUCACCGCGAGCGGCGGCGCGCGCCCGUCCGCGCGACGCCCCGCGUCCGCGGACCCGUCGUCCCCGGACCGCCGGACCUCCCAGAGCGUCGUCACGUAUCCGCCGAACGCGUCGGCGACGAAGUCGAUCCGCGUCGGGGACGACGACGACGACGGCGAUGGCGACGACGGAGACGGCGGCGCGUUCGAGGCGGACGCGUUCGAUCACGACGCCGAGAGAGCGAUCGCGGCGCACCGUUCGCAGUCGUACGUGUCGCCUUCGAAGGACAUCAUCCCUGGCGCGUCCCCGGGUCGGCCCGCGGUCAGUGCACGCCGGCCGGCGACGUCCCCGGGGCGCGUCGACGGACAAAGGUCAUCGCCCGCGAAGCGCGGCCCCGGGUCCGGCUCCGGCUCCGCCGCGGCGUCGUCGGAGAGACCGGCGUUCCGCCCGGGCGGCGUCGCGCGCGCGAGGCCAGCGACCGCGGCGGCCGCGAUGCUCGCGUCCGAGGUUGGGUUCAUCGCGGACGAUGAGAUGACGUGGCGCGCGCGAGCGCAAGGAGGAGGGAAGACGCGGUCGCCGGCGCGGUCGAAACCGCCGCCGCCGCCGCCGCUGACGACGCCUCGGUCGCCCGCGUUCGCGCCGCGGCCCGCGUGCUGCAACCGCGCGAGCUGCGCGUGUGGGCUUCUCUCCGCGGACGCGGCGACGCGAAGACGGGCGAAGCAGGCGAGGCGAUAG